CGAUGUCAUACAGUAACAGUCAGUCGUUUCCUUCUCUCAAUUUUUUUCAUCAUAUCGUAUGUAAUUCCACAUUUGUGAGAGAUUUUCUUCACACAUUCAGACUGAAGCAUUAAAAAUCUGUUUUCACGAAAACAGCCGUGAUGCUGACGAGAAAACAAAAAAAAAGGCAGUUUUCAAUGUGAAAAUAUCGAGUGAAGAAGCCAGUCACAGAACGGAAUUUGAGUGCGAUAGACGCUUGAAAAUAAGUUUUAAUGAUAAACUGAACUUUGUUUAAGAAGUUAAAGUGAAUAAUAAAUUUUCUCGUCCGCAACUGUUCCUUAAAAAGUUUACAAAGUGAUAUUAAAAGCUGACCUUGAGUUAUUUUUAAAAUAUUCACCAAAAAUGCAUAUACAUCCGUCAAGUCCAAACUCAUUACUUUCCGAAGAUGAUGCAGCUGUGAAAAUUCAAGCUGGAUGGAAAGGAUAUCGUGUACGAAAGCAAUUAAGAAGCUCUAGAAAGAUGAAGAAUGGCCAGAAUGGUGUGAAUCGAAAUGAUGAUCAAGCACUGCAAGAAAAAUCAGCAGCAAAGAUUCAAGCUGGUUGGAAAGGAUUCAAGAUUCGUAAGGAAUUAAAAAGUGCAUCGGCAGCAGCAACAAAAAUACAGGCAAAUUGGAAGGGAUUCAAGACACGAAAGGAAUUCAAGACCAAAAAGGAACCAAAAACAAGCAAUUUUCAAUAAUAUUACGAGUUUUUAUCAAAGACUAAGGAACUGUGUACAUGCUCAUAAUAAUUUCCAAUAAUUUCAUUUUGAAAUAUAUACAGUGAUGAGUUCUGUUCGGUGUGUGUAGCUUCCACACGUGUUUAUAAUGAAAAUAUUCCAAUUUUGUGUUUAAAAAGUUUUCUGAAAAUCGCAUGAAAAUUGAUAAUUUUGAGGAAAAUGCGGAAAAUGUGAAAAUUAUUAUCACAGACAAAGUGCCAAAGUCACCGAGUGCUCCUUAUAAAUGUACUAAAUGAUUUUUUUCUUGUGUAAAACUGUGUAUUUAGCCUAAUUGACAUUUGAUAUGACUAGAGUUCACAUUAAUUAUAAAUUAAGAUAGCGGAGCUCCAACAUUUCUAAUUUCAUGUCUGUUGAUGUACAGAUUGCUAGUGUCUAGAAAGAUUAAUAACAAAAAGUGGAAAAAUUCAUGUGAUUUUCAAUUUUUCUUCUAUAUUAUUUUCUGAUCAAGAUGCUCUUUAAAGUAUUUUUUAAUGAACUUGACUCAUCCGUUAAAAAUUUCAUUUUAAUUAAGAGAAUUUCAAUUAGGUUUAGAUUAUAAAGCAAUAUUAAUUAAUAUGCAUGGUAUUAUUCGUUUGAAUGAUUAAAUCCUUAGUAGGCAAUCUGAAUCUUGAUGCACGAGAGAAGAUUCUUUGACAUGUUAAACUGUUGACAUAAUAUAAACCAGAGCUCCAAGUCAACUUUCAUCGAUUUUGUAAGGCGAAGUCAACUCCAAGUCUUCAUACAAAAUUUCAUCAACUUUGAGCUCUGAUAUUAAGCAAGUGUUGGAUCUUCUGAAAAGUCUAUAAAUAAAAGAUCUGAAAUGGUAUUCGAAUCCUAGCCUUAAGAUUUCUGGUCGUAUACUUCGAACACAACAUUCAGCUUUCGAGGGCUCCAAAUCGAUCCAAAUUCAAUAUUCUAAUUCCAAAAUCAAUCUAAUCUACAAAAAUCUUGCUUAAUACUCUUUGUAUUAUGACGCACAGAUCUAGUUCCUUGCUUAUCAUAGAUCAUUACAUCUCAUUCUAUACGUUAACCCUUAAAAAAUAAAAAAACAAAAUCAUUUGAUCAAAAAUGGAAAUUCCUGAAAAUUCAAAACUAUAAAUAUUUUUUGAGGAACCAAAACACUAAAUCAAAUUCAAUUCAUUCAACUUGGGAAGGCAAUAAAAACGUUUUAUUUCCAUUAGAAAUAUUUUUUCUGGCUAAUAAAAAUAUCUAGGCGGUAUAUUCAGUCAAGCAGAAAAUUGAUGAUUCCCACUCAAGUUUUAAGAUCUUCUUCCAAAAAAUUAUCAUUGACUUACGUUAGAUUUGUAAUUAUGGAUUAUAGAAUUUGAUAUAAUGUAUGAAAUAUAGAUACAACAGCUAUAACUAGUUGAUACCUGCUCCCUUUGACUCAAGUAGAAUCUCGUUGAUAAAUUGGAAUUUAUGUCACCAAAGCUAGUCGCGUAAUAAGCAAAAAAUGUUUGAAUUGAUCUCUAGUCUCUGUUCUAAUCAGUUGUAACCAUUGAUUGUGAUCUCCAAAUUAGGAUUCAAAAAAUGAAAUAGUCAAAAGAAGUAAUUUAGUGAAAACUCAGCCUUCCCAUCCAAGAAACUUAAUUCUUACUGUGACUGAUCUAAGCUAAAGAGCUCGAAUAAUAGUUUUGAACUCAUUCAUAAAUUUUUCCCAGGAAGUGCCAAAUCCAAUAAUACAUAAUUACUCUUUCCUCAAAACCGAAAAAAAAAACAUCUGAAAAUGACCCAAAAAGCAUAUUGACAGCCGGAACACGAGCUACACAAAGAUCAAGAACAUGAACCCCGAUGCUAAAAAAUAAUGCAUUGAUUGAUGACUAGCUGUGUCAAAUUUUGAAACAUGAUUCAUUGACAGAAUCUUCAAUUAAGUUCGUUUAAACCUACACAUUUAUUUUUGAUCUUUGACGAAUAAGUUCAACUUGAGAAUCUAUCAUUUUUUUAUAAACAGUAACAUAUAAUUUUAUAUAAAUAUCUAAUAGCAGUUUAUUAAAUACUCAUAUAAAGAAAAUUGUCAUGUAUAAAGUAUAUCACAUAUAGUUUGUAUUUGUAAAUAUAAUUAAAUAAAUAUGACUUU